AUGGCGCUGGAAAAAGAGAUCCACGCGAGUGAUGAGGAAGUCCAGGUUCAACAUACUGGAUCGGACACUCCGUCUUCGGUGGUUGAUCAUACCGUGAAACACCCAGUAAAAUGGUACCGCUCCACCACCUACAACGCCCUCAUCCUCGGGCUCUGCAACUUCCUCGCCCCCGGCAUCUGGACCGCCAUGAACAGUCUCGGCGGGGGCGGGUCGGAAUCACCAUACCUGGUUGACGCGGCCAACGCACUCACCUUCUGCUUGAUGGUAUUCUCCUGUUUCUUCGGGAGUAUCCUGGUCCGGUACAUCGGGAUCAAAUAUACCCUUGUCGUCGGGACGAUCGGAUACGCGCCCUACGCAGCAGGAUUAUACACGCAUAACCGGUUCGGAACGGAUUGGUUAGUGUUGUUUGGGGCAGCGCUGUGCGGGUUAUCCGCGGGAGUGUUCUGGAUGGCGGAGAGUGCGAUUGCGCUGUCGUACCCGGAGCCGAAGAACCAGGGACGGUUUUUGGGGCUGUGGUUGAGUUUUCGCGUGGGGGGGCAGAUCCUGGGGGGGGCGAUUAAUUUGGGGUUGAAUGUGGGGAGGAGUACGGCGGGGAGUGUGUCGUAUUCGGUGUUUGGGGUGUUUAUUGCUCUGCAGGCGUUGGGGCCGGUCGGGGGGUUGUUGUUGAAUACGCCGGAGCAGGUGCAGCGGACGGAUGGGUUGCGGGUGAAGUUGACGGUGAUGAAGGAUCCGUGGUUUGAGGUGAAGGCCAUGGUGAAGUUGUUCUGUCGGAGGGAGUUUUUGUUGAUUCUGCCGUUGAUUGCGCAGGCGACGUAUACGGAGGCGGUCAUGUUUACGUAUUUGGAUUUGUGGUUUAGUGUGCGGGUGCGGGCGUUGGGGAGUUUUCUGUCCGGGUGUUUGGCGCUGAUUGGGGGCAAUGUGUUGGGGAUGUUUUUGGAUAGUGGGUUGAAGUUGCAGGUGAGGAGUCGGGGGGCGUUUUGGGUGGUGAUGACGCUGCAGGGCGGGUGGUGGGUGUGGGCGACGGUGGUGACGACGGGGUAUUGGAAGAGUGGGAGGACGGGGAUUGAUUGGACGGAUGGGGAGUUUGCGAAGGGGUUUGUGUUGUAUUUGAUGUGGGUGUUGGGGUUUCAGUUGAACUAUAUGUUCUUGUACUUUGUGGUGGGAAACCUGGCGGCGGAUGAGGAGGAGGUGGUGAGAAUCAGUGGGCUGCUGAGAGGCGUCGAGUCGGCCGUGCAGGCGGUUUCGUACGGCCUCAGCAGCGUCGGCAUCAUGGCCUCGAUUGGCGGCACCUAUCUCAACUUUGGUCUCUGGGCCAUCGCCGUGCUGCCCGCCUGGUUGGUCAUUCGGCAGUUUGGCGUGGGCGAAGAUCGCAAGCUGGCGAGAGAGUACGGAGCUGAUAGAUAUGAGCAGCGUGAAUAAG